AUGAGUCAGUUCAACAGCAAUUACAAUGUCGAGCACUGGAAGGCAGCGAAACGCAUAUUGAGGUAUCUAAGCGGUACAAAGAAAUUGGGCCUGUUAUACAAGCAAACAGGCGAGAAUCUAUUUGGCGUGGUCGAUGCAGAUUGGGGAGCGAAUCUAAGCGAUAGGCGCUCCUAUUCAGGGCAGGCGUUCAUACUAUCUGGAGCAGCUGUGUGCUGGGAGGCACGCAAGCAACGUACUGUGGCACUAUCGAGUACUGAGUCGGAGUACCUUGCGAUGUCCGAAGCGGUCAAGGAGGCACUAUAUCUGAAGGCCCUACUAAACAGUGUUGGCAAAGACUGCGCCACGGUGCGUCUUUAUAAUGACAAUCAGAGCGCACAAAAACUGGUUAAAGGCUUCGGGUUUCACCCGCGUACAAAACAUAUAGAUGUACGCCACCACUUCAUCAAGCAAAAAUACCUGAGCGGCGACAUUGAAGUGGAGUAUAUGCAAACAGAACAGAUGCCAGCAGACGUCCUGACGAAAGGUCUGAGCGGGACCAAACAUCGCGAAUGCAUUUCGAGUUUGGGAGUUACAUAUAUUUAA